CUUGCGUGCUGUCCAAUAAGGCUGCGGCUUGCUGGGAGGUGCGGCAGCGGGCCGGAGACGGCGGACAUUAUGUCCUGGUGCGGAGUCGGGGCAGCGCUGCGGCGGGGAGUCCGGCUCCUGCAAGGUGGCGGGAGCAGAGGGAUUCUUCCCGUCAGAAGAGCUGGUGGUGGGGUCCACAUUGAGCCCCAAUAUCGACAAUAUCCAGAGUUGACCAAAAAGCAAGUGUUCCAGUCUGAGUUGCUCAGUGGUUUUAUGUGGUUUUGGAUAUUAUGGCAUCUGUGGCACGAUGCUGAUGCAGUCAUUGGUCACUUUCCUUAUCCUGAUCCCUCUGAGUGGACUGAUGAGGAGUUGGGCAUUCCUCCAAUUGAUGAGGAAUGACUUGAAUGUCUUUUUAAAAAAAGUGUUUUCUUCACUGAAUUUCUGGAGGAAUUCACCUGACACUUGAAGAAAUCACCCUUAUUGUAAAUUAAAUUGGAAUAAAUGUAUUACCUGCACAGUACUAAAACUUGGUAUUCUCUACUUUUUUAAGAUUACA